AUGGUGGCUUGUCGUGGUGAUACAUCAUACACAGGUCGAGUGUCACACUCAACCCUCACUACAAGUUGUGUAUACAUUGUGUACAAUGUAGACAACUGUAGUGACUGUCUAGCACGGUGUACACAAGGAAGGUCGAGUGAUAUUAACGACAUGGUGGCUUGUCGUGGUGAUACAUCAUACACAGGGCGAGUGUCACACUCAACCCUCACUAUAAGUUGUGUAUACAUUGUGUACAAUGUAGACAACAGUAGUGACUGUCUAGCACGGUGUACACAAGGAAGGUCGAGUGAUAUUAACGACAUGGUGGCUUGUCGUGGUGAUACAUCAUACACAGGGCGAGUGUCACACUCAACCCUCACUAUAAGUUGUGUAUACAUUGUGUACAAUGUAGACAACAGUAGUGACUGUCUAGCACGGUGUACACAAGGAAGGUCGAGUGAUAUUAACGACAUGGUGGCUUGUCGUGGUGAUACAUCAUACACAGGGCGAGUGUCACACUCAACCCUCACUAUAAGUUGUGUAUACAUUGUGUACAAUGUAGACAACAGUAGUGACUGUCUAGCACGGUGUACACAAGGAAGGUCGAGUGAUAUUAACGACAUGGUGGCUUGUCGUGGUGAUACAUCAUACACAGGGCGAGUGUCACACUCAACCCUCACUAUAAGUUGUGUAUACAUUGUGUACAAUGUAGACAACAGUAGUGACUGUCUAGCACGGUGUACACAAGGAAGGUCGAGUGAUAUUAACGACAUGGUGGCUUGUCGUGGUGAUACAUCAUACACAGGUCGAGUGUCACACUCAACCCUCACUACAAGUUGUGUAUACAUUGUGUACAAUGUAGACAACAGUAGUGACUGUCUAGCACGUUGUACACAAGGAAGGCCGAGUGAUAUUAACGACAUGGUGGCUUGUCGUGGUGAUACAUCAUACACAGGUCGAGUGUCACACUCAACCCUCACUACAAGUUGUGUAUACAUUGUGUACAAUGUAGACAACAGUAGUGACUGUCUAGCACGUUGUACACAAGGAAGGUCGAGUGAUAUUAACGACAUGGUGGCUUGUCGUGGUGAUACAUCAUACACAGGUCGAGUGUCACACUCAACCCUCACUACAAGUUGUGUAUACAUUGUGUACAAUGUAGACAACAGUAGUGACUGUCUAGCACGGUGUACACAAGGAAGGUCGAGUGAUAUUAACGACAUGGUGGCUUGUCGUGGUGAUACAUCAUACACAGGUCGAGUGUCACACUCAACCCUCACUACAAGUUGUGUAUACAUUGUGUACAAUGUAGACAACAGUAGUGACUGUCUAGCACGUUGUACACAAGGAAGGUCGAGUGAUAUUAACGACAUGGUGGCUUGUCGUGGUGAUACAUCAUACACAGGUCGAGUGUCACACUCAACCCUCACUACAAGUUGUGUAUACAUUGUGUACAAUGUAGACAACAGUAGUGACUGUCUAGCACGUUGUACACAAGGAAGGUCGAGUGAUAUUAACGACAUGGUGGCUUGUCGUGGUGAUACAUCAUACACAGGUCGAGUGUCACACUCAACCCUCACUACAAGUUGUGUAUACAUUGUGUACAAUGUAGACAACAGUAGUGACUGUCUAGCACGUUGUACACAAGGAAGGUCGAGUGAUAUUAACGAAAUGGUGGCUUGUCGUGGUGAUACAUCAUACACAGGUCGAGUGUCACACUCAACCCUCACUACAUGUUGUGUAUACAUUGUGUACAAUGUAGACAACAGUAGUGACUGUCUAGCACGUUGUACACAAGGAAGGUCGAGUGAUAUUAACGACAUGGUGGCUUGUCGUGGUGAUACAUCAUACACAGGUCGAGUGUCACACUCAACCCUCACUACAAGUUCUCUCCUCAAACCUUAA